AUGCCUGAUCCCGCUACGGUACCAGCUCCUAAAGAUGGGCCGCGGGGCCGCCGGGGCGCCAAAAUCAGGCAAUGUUCGACCUGUGGGCGCACCUUUGCUAAGACUGACCACCUCGAAAGGCACGUCCGCUCUCACACCAAGGAGAAGCCUUUCGUCUGUGGAAAGUGUGGCAGAAAAUAUGGUCGGCACGAUACGCUGCUGCGACAUCAGAAAGACCAUUCAGCAGAUGAUAUCUCCGUAGCUGUCGCGGAAGGCAAACGCCGCUCCAGCAAUCCACUUGGACCAGAGGAUGACCAGAGAGCGUUUUCCGCGAACCCAAUGCCGCUUCACAGCGCGACAAUCUUGUCAGAACAGCCCGACCCGAUACUGAUUUCGAAUAUUAGCUCGUCUCUAGAUGCGCCGGCCACGGACUACCUCAAAGAUGGGAAAAACUAUCAAGAGGGCCAAAUGGCCAGCAACACCUCCACUGACGUCUACUCAAAUAACGUUCCCUCCGACCAGUCAGGUAGUGGAUUUGACACUUCGAUCGACGUCUUCAACUUCGAUUUCGAGGCCCAAUUUCCUUCAUGGCUGGUGGACAGUGACCUGCACGGUGGGAUUUUGGACACUCCUCUGGUCGCUACCAUGGCAGAACUGCGCCCUUCUUGGCCGGAAAGCCCCUACGCUACGUUUGGCUCGAGCAACUACAAGCCCGUUUCCAAUACGAAGAGACUCUGGUUCAUGGCCAAUGAUGAUGCGCAGGACGAAGUGACGCGAUCAGGCCCGGCGACACCUCCCGGGUCCCGAGACGAAGUCGACGAUACAUAUCGCCAGACGUUGACGCAAAGCCUACAAAUCCGCCCGAUCCAGGAACAGACACUUCCAUCGGCGGACUUUCUGAAUCUUUGCGUCAGGUCGUAUUUUGCACGAUUCCACCCGGUAUUCCCAGUGGUGCAUGCGCCCACAUUUCGUCCUUCCAAGGCCAACUCCAUGGUCCUUUUGUCAAUAUGCUCAGUUGGUAGUCUCUUUACAGGCAGCGUGCACGCGAUUCGACAGGGCGUACAUAUAUUCGAGAGAUUGCACAAGGCUGUCCUUGCAAAUUGGGAUCGACUGAUCGCCCAAGGUGUAGAUCAACGAAUCUCUCUCAUACAAACAGCUAUAAUUGGACAAACUUUUGGUUUGCUGUCUGGAGAGCCGAGGCAUCUUGCCAUUGUUGACGCUUUCAACGGAACGCUCAUUUCUUGGGCACGACGCUGGUCGACCUUCAAAACCAAGAAGAUGGUGGGUCUAGACUUGAAUGUCAGUUCCACCGAACUGGACAAGAAAUGGAGAGAGUGGGCGAAGAACGAAGAACUCAUCCGGAUUGCGCUCAGCGUGCACAUCCACGACGCCGAACUUGCUGCUAUGUUCCAUCACGAGCCAUUCCUCCGCCACAACUCUAGACAGCUACCAGUCGCCGCAUCAAAUCAGACGUUCAUGGCCACUCGGCCUGAGGACUGGCGCCAAUCAUAUCUCAAUGACCCCAGCAAUUUCGAAAGUAUGGAUUCUACGCCGGCUUCGAUCGAUGCCCACCUGGACUUUGACCUUGCUGCAGUCCCCAGCAACAGCUAUUUCACAGCAUAUACAGUUCUGGAAGGCAUAUGCGCAAACAUUAUCGAGAAUCGAAUCAAUGCUCGUUCAACCCCAUCAAGGACGGAAGAGAUGCUGAACACCUUGACCUCGUUUUAUCGAAAUUUCUUGCAAGAAUCGGCAGCUUGGGAAGCAGAUCACAUGGACAUGAGCAUACUCUGGCACCUGGCCUUCAUGAUAAUGUUCGCCGAUUUUGAUCUUCUGGAGCGAGCGAUUGGGCGAAAUGGACCAGAUCUAUCACCGGAGGACCAGCUUGCAGUCACGGCUUGGGCAAACUCAGACCACGCUAAAAGGUGCGUGAUUCACGGGCUCAUUGUGCAAAAGAAAUUGGAGAACCUACCACUUGGCUUUGAGCCAGCCAUCCAUGUACCUAGGGCGAUGUUUAGAGCGGGCAUCGCCUGGUUUUGCUAUACUCGGUUUGGAUCUCAAGCUGCCGGUCAGCGAACCGCCGGAGCCGCCGAAGCCCUGGAGUUUCCAGAAUUCAAAACCAUUGGCGUCAACCCGGCGUUGCUGCUUUUCCAAGCGAGCGGAUAUAAGCACGGAAAGCCUACCACGACUGAAACUAAUGCGGCCCUCAGUGGACUGACCGAUCUCUUGAGGCGGAUAGGGCAUUGGGAAAUUGCGAGAAGGUUUGCCGCCAUUCUCGGUGCUCUUUUGCACAAUGAAGCCGACUAA